CAUCAUUCUCUAAUCUAGGGUCUUGUACCUAGGUACCUCCUACGAGACAAGCCCAGACUUUUGGGAAUGUACGAGUAAAACGUGAAACAUCCAAGUCACCCUCGACUUUACGACGCUUUCUUCCCUAAUAUGCUUCUCGUCGCGACAAUGAGCCGCUGCCACCGCUCCUGUUUCCCCUCCCGCUUCAUGUGACGCUCGCUUCGACCGCGCAUUUAAAGACUAACCCGGGAAAGGCGUCUUGCGGGGUAGAUUCUCGUCGAGGUGACCUUCGCGUUGUGCACUAGAGAGUCGACUCGGGGACGAGACAAGAUUUCCCUUCCGUCCCCUUCGCCCUUCCUCCUUCUCCGGUUUGUGGUUGGGAAGGGGAAUAUUUCGGGCAGGACAGCUACCAUGAGUUGUUCACGGGCCCUACGCACUUGCGAGAGUCUGGGCUGCUCAUGCGCAGGCCCGGGUCCGGGCGCGCGCCGGGCGAAUUUUGGUCUCGUAGCGUCUGCCUCAGCCGAUGCACUGCUGGGGGCGAGAGCGAAGGCCCUGUUGCUGUUGCCUGCGCAGAGGCCCCUGUAUAGUCUGCGCGCGAAUGGCUUGAAGCUUCGUUACUCAGGAAGAAGCACUCGGGGGGGCGGCAGCGUAGGAGAGCAUCUGCGUCCAAGUGCCACUACAGCUUCAACUCUUGUCUCUAGAGGAUUUGGUUUGUCUCACCAGAACCUCCUCUCGUUUACCACCGGAUAUCGACAGAUGCAUAAUGAGACGAAGUAUAAGGACCAAAGCCGCCAAGUUUCAGAGCCUUCGGGGCCACUUCCAGAGAAACCUCGCGGGAUUAGGAAAGUAAUCCCAAAGGUGCUCCCCUCUCUGACGCCACACGAGAAUAUAUAUACGGUGCCCAAUAUCCUAACAUUUUCGCGCCUCAUCACCGCCCCGUUCGUCGGCUACGCCAUUCUCCACGACGCCCACGGUUGGGCGUUGGGAUUGUUUGCUUACGCCGGUGCCUCGGACCUCCUAGAUGGUUGGAUCGCCCGCCGGUGGAAGCUGCAAACAGUUGUUGGCAGCGUCGUAGACCCGAUGGCCGACAAGACGCUCAUGACCGUCUUGACCGUAUGCCUAGCUAUGCGCGGCGCGCUGCCCGUAUGGCUUGCUAUCAUCAUCCUCGGGCGCGAUGUCGCCCUGGGCCUCGCCGCCAUAUACUAUCGGUGGGUAUCUCUACCGCCACCGAAGACGUUCACGCGCUACUGGGACUUCUCCCUGCCGUCGGCGGAGGUACGGCCCACAACAAUCAGCAAGUACAACACGUUCCUACAGCUGGGGCUCAUGGGGGUUACAAUGGUGACACCUCUGCUUAGCGUGGAUGUCGGUCCGACUCUUACGGCUUUUCAAUAUCUAGUCGCCACCACGACAGUGUGGAGCGGUCUGAGUUACAUCUUCAGCAAGGACGCGGUCAAGAUCCUAUCGCAUAAUAAAGGCAAGAAAAAACGCGAAUAAUCGAGACACGGCAUCCCCUUCCCGGGAGAUGUGGUAAGACGAGAUAUGUACAGUUCAUUGAUUUUUACGGAAACGCCUCGUCACUUGCACGGCAAAGAGGCCAUGUGGGAAUGUUUCUAUGUGAAGAGGAAAAGGGGUCAGGGGUCAGGGGUCGUAAGGGUAGUUCGUACGAUGGUGUAUAGUAUGCUAUAGACGAGUGAUUUCCGCAUAGGUUUGGCUUUCUAUCAAAACAAAAGUAGACGGGCGGGCAGCACGUUGCAAGAGUAGCAUAGCGGGUCAAAUAGAGC